AAANCUCAUCAAUGACUAUGUGAGCAAUCAGACCCAGGGGAUGAUCAAGGAACUGGUCUCAGAACUGGAUACGGAUACACUGAUGGUGCUGGUGAAUUACAUCUACUUUAAAGGCAAAUGGAAGAUAUCCUUUGACCCCCAGGACACAUUUGAGUCUGACUUCUACUUGGAUGAGAAGAGAUCUGUGAAGGUUCCCAUGAUGAAAAUGAAGUUACUGACUGCACGCCACUUCCGUGAUGAGGAGCUGUCCUGCUCUGUGGUGGAGCUGAAGUACACAGGAAAUGCCAGUGCCCUGCUCAUCCUCCCUGACCAGGGCAGGAUGCAGCAAGUGGAGGACAGCUUACAACCAGAGACCCUGAGGAAAUGGAGGAAAACUUUGAUUCCCAGCAAAAUAGAGGAGCUAAACCUGCCCAAGUUCUCCAUCUCUAGUGACUACAGGCUGGAGGACGAUGUCCUUCCAGAAAUGGGGAUUAGGAAAGUCUUCACCGAACAAGCUGACCUAUCUGGGAUCACAGAAGCCAAGCAACUGAGUGUGUCUCAGGUGGUCCACAAGGCUGUCCUAGAUGUGUCUGAGACAGGCACAGAAGCAGCUGCUGCCACAGGGGUUAUUGGCGGCAUUCGUAAGGCCAUAUUACCAGCUCUGUCUUUCAACAGGUCAUUCCUGUUGGUUAUCUAUCACACAAGUUCUAAGAGUAUCCUCUUUAUGGCCAAAGUCAAUAACCCCAAGUAGACCUAAAGCUCCCCAAGUUCUCAUGAUUCUGCCCAGGGCUCUGGGACAGAGUCUGCAUGUGGAUCUCUAUAUACAUCCUGUCAUUCAAGCUCUGAUUGGCUGUUGCAAAGUUNGCNUAGACAGCUACAUUGACUAUCUCUGUGAUNCNACAUGCACAUAAGACUUUGGACUCUCAGUGUCAGGCUCUCAGGCCUCUUGGGAGCAUCUGUGCAUAUUUCUGAACCUGGAAUCUGCCUUUAUUCUUCUUCCCUGGUGACUCCUCUUUAUGUGUCUGUACCCCAAUCCUAGGCAUUUGCAAAUACACAGAGUUCCAAUACCAACCUU